GCACUUAUGGAAACGUGUACGUCGUCAAAAUUUUGUUUCGAAGAUACGAAAGGUACUGGCACGGUUAUCUGGAGAGAAUGAAGAGCGCCAUCAUACACUGUGGCGGAGGGACAUGUUGGGGAAUCCCCACAUGCCAUGUUGUGAAUUACCGGAGGGAAUUACCAACUAUCGGGUGCACAGAUUGGAGGAUAUUCUACCCACAUGAAUAUACUUAUUCCAGGCUUGUCAAAGUAGACUUACUAUCGGGAUGGCUGCAGCUACCACUACAUCGUCAUUUGAGAGAGAAGUCGAAUGUAGUAUCUGCCACGAGCUGUUUGAAGAUCCGCGGAGUUUAUCAUGUGCCCAUACAUUUUGUUUUGAGUGUGUACAAAGACUAACGGAGGGUAACAGAUCGGUUGCAUGUCCUCUCUGUAGGAAGAAGACGGCUUUGCCAAGCAAUGGGGCCAUGGGUCUUACCAAGAACAGCCUCGCUCAAAUGCUGGUGGAUUUUGUAAAGAAAACUGGUUUUGCAGACAAGCGGAAUAUUGCAUGCCAAUCCGAGCAUGAUAUACGACUGAGAGCAGAGUUCUUUUGCAAAUCAUGCAAAAGUGUAGUUUGCGGGUCAUGCGGUAUGAAGUACCACCGUGAACAAUCAAAGCACCAAACAUUCCCAAUAGAUGAGGUACUCAAAAUGGAAGAUAAUCUUCGAGAUUUACUCGAGUGGGGUAAAAAUGAAGAAAGGGAGCAAGGCAAACGUAAAGAAUUACUUGAACUAAAACAGCAAGAAGUGACCACCAGGUUCACAGCAGUUGAGGCAGCUAUUAACCACACCUUUGCCGAGGAGAGUAAACUUCUAGAUGACAGAAAGACCAGUCUCAAGCAACAGUUGUGGGAUAUGAAACGCUCUAUCAAAACAGCGCUACAAAAGCAGUGUGAUGCUGAAGAAGAGACUAAGACCGUAACAGAACUGAACAGCCUUACUGAAGACAUCUUGGAAGGCGGUGUCAAUGCUCUUAUGGAAAUGCAUGAUGAAAUAAGCAGUGGAUAUCAGUCACAGAAACGAAAUACAGUGCCAACUACCCUUUCUGAUUCACUGCAACACGUAUCAGAUUUGAUUUCAAGCAUUAAAUUCCAGCAGGAAUUGAAGAAGGGCAAAGUUGGAAGAAUUGUGUCAAAUACAGGUAACUGGAUGAUAAGGCAAGUCAGAUAUCUUUGCGACCGCAACUCCGGAGUUGACAAUUGUAAACCUUCAAGCAUCAUUGAAUUGUCCAAUGGGAAUUUAGCUGUAGGAUUUAGCACACAGAAUGACAUUCAAAUAUUUGAUAAAUCAUACCACCGCAGCAGCAACGUACCAAAUAUCAGACUAUUAGCUGCUGUCACUGAUAUGAGCCAGCUCUCCAGCAAUUUGCACAAUGAUUUCCUAGUUCUUGAUAAAGACGGUGAUGUCAGUCGUGUUUAUGUCUCGCGAAAGGAAUCUACAUGUAUGAUUAUUUUUGAAGGAGCUAUUGAUCAUUUUGAAGACGAUCUUGGAGAAGAUACACCACACUUGAUUGCCGCUGAUGACAGUAUAUUUGCUCUGUUGUAUAAGGAUAGGGUCAAGAGCUUCACCAUUGAAGGAGAACCUGAACAAACCAUUAAAGUACCAUCUCGCGAUGGUGACAAGCCUCUUCGAAUGCAGAUCCAUCGGAAUAGCGAUGGCUCAGAUGUGCCCUACCUUGAGAUCUUGAUUGUCAAUGGAGAAUCAGUGAGGAGUGUCCACUGUAAGCUUUCCCAGUGUCAGAGGAUCAUUGUCUCUGAAACCAGCCUCCAUGAGAUGGUUGCUAUCCAUGGUAGAAACAUUGGUCAUGCCGUUGACAAAGAAGGCAACCUGUUCGUAGCCUAUACCCAAGAUGAUAAAUUCAUUACGAUAAGGAAGUAUGUCGGGGGUGAUCUGUCGAAAGAAGAGAUUGUGAUUUGUGAUCUACAGGUGAUGAUGGAUGAUGAUGGCACCGUCUUAUUAGCUUCUCUCAGUCCAACGUGUCUUGUCAUGUGCACAUCCCAGAAGAUGUCAGUUUUCACGAAACCUACCGUCGAUGAGUUUUUCCAUGGAAUUUUUCGAUAAACAUGAUGGUUUGGGCCUCAUCUACAUGUGUCAUAAUAAUUGAUGAUGGAAUAAAGUAAACAGCUUAUUUCCCUUUUUUUUAAAGAAUGACUAAAUCAUUUGAGACAGCAGAUUGAGUAUAAUCUGCAACUUUGCAUGACCAUAGUCUAUCCAGAAAACACGAGAUUUUCAGUUUCCUAGUGUAUUCCAUGUCCCCCGCUUAAACGUUUCUAAAGUGGGAAUAUUUCUUUAGUUAUUUUAUGGUAUAUGCAUUAAAGGAAGUUAUAUUGACUGGUUUCUUUUCUUUCCUUUGGUUUUGCAGCAUUUAUUAUUUCAUUAUGGUUCAUUGAUUAUAUUGAUUGAAGUAGUAGAAUUACAGAAAUAAAGAAACGUGAAUAAAUAUACAAAAAAUAAUUAAAGAUUAUAAAGCCCCCAAAGCAGUAGAUUUUCACACCAAAACUAAAGCACAUCAGCAUGGAUAAAAAAUGUUAUAGUUCUUUAAAUAUUCUUCCUUAAGUAAUUGUGAACCCAGGAAUAGCAUGAAUAGUGUACAUUAUUCAAUUAAUGGGAAUUGAUGUGAAAUUAUGUGAACUAGUAGGUGAAAUAAGAGUAUUGUUUGAAGAUGCCUUCUUGAAUAAGUUGACUCAUGUACUCUAUGUUGAAAUAGUGAGGAAUCGAUUUAUGAUAUAAAUGCCUACUUCAUCAUGUUCAUACAUUUUUAAUUCACUCAUAACCCGUUCUUCCACUUGCUUCCUUCUCACUUCUCUUACAUUCACUUCUUUCUGUUUAGUUAUGAUGAAUUCCUACACAAGCCCCUGCUUUCUUGGUUUUACGCCUUCUUCCGUAUAAUUCAUAAUAUUUUGUACUAUUGGUUUAUACACUUUAUGUGAACAUUUAAAUUGGAAAAAUUGAAUGAUUACUUUGAUUGAAUACAGUAAAUUAUUUCACAUCAGGUUAUGAUAUGACUCGAGGAUUGUUAAUGUUGAAAACUUUGACACUGUAUAUACUGAAUCAUUAUCAUUAACCAUCUGCAUUGAUUCUUCGUUGUGGGUAUAUAAUGUAUAUAUGUACUCAUAUGAAGAGUUGCAUUAUAUAUAUAUAUAUAAUUGAAUAACAUGAUGUAAUCAGAAAUGUCAGGGAAAUGUGUUUUUUAUGCAGGGAAACAUAGUUUGCUAGCUAUUUUGCUAGUUAUAUAAUGUCUUGUGUGGGAUGAGGAGAAUCUGCAUUACAACGAUCGAGCACUGUAAAUAAGAAGAUCUUUUUGGCACGCAUAAUUCAUAAAAACAAAUAUAUUUUCGUGUUUCUAGAAAGGUAUUUUAAUACGGAUUCAUUAAUAAUUAAACAUUCAAUCAAUAUUUUUUAUUCAAAAUGAUACUAAACAAAUGGUAUAUUCAAGAUAGUACGUGAGUUACGUUGUUUGUACAACAGUACUAACCAGGUUAUCAACUUAAAUUAACAUUCUAUUUUCUCAUACAUCUCUCUCUAUCUUUGUCAUUUAACUACUGAAGGUUUUCGAAACUUCUGGAUUGUGUUAUACUUGAUUGUUUUGUUUUAUAUAUGGUAUAUUUUGUGUAUAUUUUGCUUUUAUUUUGAGAGUCUUUUAUAUCCGAAUACUAAAGUUUACACACUGAAUUUCAUGAAGUACAUGCGUAUUAUUCCUCAUUUACUUUUUUGAAUCUGUAUCCCAUUAUCAUAUACAUCAUCGAAGUGUGGACAAAUGUUGAAAUGUUGGAUAAAAUACUUUUGAAAUGUGUACAGUUAGUUCACAGAUUAUCUUCUGUGUUACUCGAUACACGGUGUUGAUUUUACUUUGAAUUACUCUUCUUUUCUUUUAACUGCGAUUUUAAUGUUUGUUUUCAGUUACAAAAUAAUUUUUCAACUUUCCGCAUUUCUUAUAUAUUUGACCUUCAUAAUUUGUCGUAUAAAAAUUACGUUUUACAUAUUUCAUCUUUAAGAGUUUCAAAAGAUAAUGUUUAAGUAUUCUGCGUGGAUUGUAUAUUCCUAUAAACUGAGUAUACAGUAGGAUGUCUGUUGUUUAUAAAACUUAUCAUGAUAGUAGUUCUGUACAUCAUUUUCUGAAUAGGCUUGUAUCGUCAAACAUUUUUUAUCAUUUAAUUUCCAUGUUGUAUUAUAUUUAUUUCUGCUUUUUCAACAUUUUUUUAAAAAUAUUUAUACAUGUAGAAAGAUAAUCAAUGUUAUAUGAGUGGGAUUUGUCUCUAGAAAUAAAUUUAAGUGCGCACU